AUGUUGGCUAAAGAUAAUUUUCCAAGACUGUUGACAAGCAAUGAGCUGGCACCUUCUGAAGAAAUUGUAGUUUCAACCGAGAAGCUGAGAACAAGAUUAACUGAAGAAGGGAUUAGUGAGACGGUGGUUAAAGAUUGUGAAUCGAUAAUGCUAGGUGAAAUUGCAUUGAUACAGGAUCAGAUGAAGAAACUUCAAAUCAAGCACGUCUUGUUGCUGGACACAUUAAGGAGACUGGAGACUGAGAAAAUCGAACUGGAAACAACUGUUGUGGAUGAGACCAAGGCACGAGAUUCAUUUUGUGGACAGGGGAGAAGGUUCAGUGUUUCAGAUUUCUACUCAGUCAUGUCGGGCGGAAGUGCUACCGACUCGGAAGCAGAUGGAGUCGACGUUGAAACAGAUGAAGAUGAAAGAAUCUUUUUCGACACAAAUGAUUCUCUUUCUGCAGAGUGUCUUAGAAGCAAUUCAUACCGAAGAAGAGAUAAUCCAGUGUUUGCUCAUAGCCCCUCAACAAAUGAAAGAAGAUCUUUCUUCUCUGGUCAUAUGAGAGACAUUGGAAUGGAAAUACAGGAUCCCGAUUUCCCAUACAUCAAAAGAAGGGAUAACUUACCAGAACCAAAGGAUAAAGAUAAGCCGGUCGGGCUAUGGUCGAUUAUUAAGGACAACAUUGGAAAAGACUUAUCAGGUGUUUGUUUACCAGUUUACUUCAAUGAGCCACUGUCCUCACUGCAAAAAUGCUUUGAAGACUUGGAAUACUCGUAUCUUGUCGACCGAGCAUUGGAAUGGGGAAAUCAGGGAAAUGAUUUGAUGAGAAUUCUAAAUGUAGCAGCAUUUGCAGUAUCUGGUUAUGCAUCAACCGAAGGCCGACAAUGCAAACCCUUCAAUCCUCUCCUAGGGGAAACCUACGAGGCUGAUUUUCCAGAUAAGGGUUUAAGAUUCUUUUCUGAAAAGGUCAGCCAUCACCCGGUAGUUGUUGCCUGUCAUUGUGAGGGUAGGGACUGGAAAUAA